AUGAAAAGUCUUCCCCUCAAAGUCGUACUAAUUGGAGAUACACUUGUAGGCAAAACUUCAAUUGCCACCAGAUAUGUUAACGGGGAUUUUAACGAAAGCUACAAAGGAACAGUUGCUGCAAAUUUUUUGCAUAAAUUAGUUGAAAUCAAUGACUAUUCCUGUGAUUUGGCUAUUUGGGAUACCGCUGGACAGGAAAUAUAUCGUACCCUUACACCUAAUUAUUACCGAGACGCAAAUAUCGCAAUUAUUGUUUUCGAUAUCACCUCGAUGAAUACAUUCAAGCAAGUCAAAUCAUGGAUCAAUGAAGUAAAAACCAAUGUACAAGAUAUAAUUAUCAUGGUUGUCGGAAAUAAACAUGAUUUAGAAGCGAACAGAGCGGUUUCCAUGGAUGAAGCAAACGAAUUAUGUCAGAGUUUUGGUGUUGAAUACGUUGAGACGUCAGCUCUUACAGGAUAUGGUAUUGAUAUUGUUUUUGAAACUGUGGUGAUCAAUUACAUCAAGUCUAUGAAUCAGAAAUCAUUUAAAUUUGAUACUCCUAACCGUGUUGAUCUUAACAAUGAAAAAUCUUCUGAAAAAAAUAAGAAAUCUUGUUGUUAA